AUGGAAGCCAGAGAAUCCAAGAUAUCGGAAGCUUGUCUCAGCAUAGCGCAGCUUGUCAGGUUGGUUACCUACACCGAAAGAGAGCUUACUGACGGAAGAGGGGGCAUUGUAAAGACGACAUUUUUGUGGAGUUCGAGACUUUGUUGCUCUUAUAGUCCUAUUUGGUUGAUCAACACAAUAACUAAGCUCAUGGAAAGCUACUACGUCCUUACCGAUGGGUACAAGCUGUUUAAAAUCGCAAUUAUAACAUUUAAUGAUUGCAUAUUCACUGGCUUUAAGAACAAUGCAUUGCUAUGUACCUAUUUCAAACCAGGUUGCACUCUGGUCAGCCUGCGUAGCAAGCGCAAAGAGGGAAGGAUAGAAAAAAGCGAGUGGGAAGCUAGGGGAAUUGGAAGGAGGGAAGAAUGUGGCAGCUUUUUCUCAGCGCUCGCUUUCAGGGCCCGUCCUUUCCCUUCGCACUUGCUACACAGGAUAUACUCAGGUCAAUCCAUUUUCCGCAGCCGACAGUGUAUUAUGAAGGCCUGUGUUCCCGUUUAAAUACAGCAAGAUUAUCGCUCCGGAGGCCGAAUAAUGGUGAUCUGGGUGUUCGAAAAAGCCUGAUACUUAGACAUUAAAACCAUGGGGAGGCUGGAUAUGUUGAGUAAAAACUAGCUUGCAAGCACUACAGCUAGCAGGUUACCAGUCCUGCACUUAGAAACUGCCUUCCAAAACUUAUUUUAAAAAAUGAUUGAGUAGGAUUAAAUUUGUACUAUUUUUGUAUACAUUAUUAGUAUUAUAAUAUUUAUGUUGUUAACCUAGCAGAUAUAAUUCCACCAUUCGUCGGCGAAAGGGUUCGUUAGCAACGUAUAACACCAAAAAGCGAGAACCACCAGUAGCAGUAGACACAGGGUUGAUGGUUCNAAAUACCACUGCUCUAAGCCAAUCAAAUUGCAGUAAUUUCUCAUGUAGUAGUAUAAGUAUUAUAAUAUUUAUGUUGUUAACCUAGCAGAUAUAAUUCCACCAUUCGUCGGCGAAAGGGUUCGUUAGCAACGUAUAACACCAAAAAGCGAGAACCACCAGUAGCAGUAGACACAGGGUUGAUGGUUCAUGCAAAGACGAGAAAACGGGAACUGGUUGAUAAAUUACACAACUUGGGUAUGUCAAUUUCGUACGACCGGGUACUCGAAAUCUCCAUAAACAUAGGGAACUCUGUAUGUCAGCAAUUUCAUCAAGAGGAGGUUGUUUGUCCCUCAAAUCUACGAAAAGGACUAUUUACAACUAGCGCAUAUGAUAGUAUUGAUCAUAACCCGAGUGCUACAACUGCCAAGGGAUCAUUCCAUGUUACGGGAAUAUCCUUAUUCCAACACCCAACAGAAAACAACCCGGGAGAAACAAGAAAAGUUACCCAUAUUUGCAGCGAUGCUACCACAAAAACAUCCAUUUCACCACUCACCGAAGAAUAUGCCUCUGUAAGGCCAUUCGUUUUUCCCAGGGAGAAGCCAGAGGCUAACGUGACUUUUAACGAUGAAAUGAAGGCCUUGCCUGUCGCUCUUGAUACUAACCAAUCCUGGCUCAAGCACGUGUCAGUUGUGGUGGAACAAAGCGGAGACGAUGAAAGUCAGGCGACGGACGUAUCUUGGUCUGUAUACCACGCCAGUAAACGAUCAUCACACCCUCAAACAGAUAUUACGUUCCCCCUUUUCAGAGAAGAUUCCAAAUCACCGGCUAUGGUGAGACAUGUAAUUGAUGUAAUCAGAAAAGCUGUCGAGUUCCUCAGUCCUGGUCAAGUACCGGCAAUUGCUUGCGACCAACCUUUGUAUGCCAUCACAAAACUUGUACAAUGGAACUUCCCAGAAUUCUACGGCGAACCGAAGCUCUUCGCAAUGUUCGGGGGAUUACACAUAGAAAGUGGUGCAUGGAAGACCCUCGGAGAUUGGCUAGCUGAAAGCGGCUGA